UUUCCACCUGGAUAUUUUGCUUCAGUUUGCUGUGCUUUGAGAUGGCUGGUCAGAUGAUUUGGCAAUGCUGCUCCCCAAAUACAAUUCUUGUAUUAAAACCAAUUAUUUUACGAUUGUACAUCUGUUUAAUGAUGUGGACGAGUGUGCCCUGGGGCUGGAUGACUGCCACCCAGAUGCCAUUUGUCAAAACACCCCCAAGCUGUACAAGUGCACGUGCAAAAUGGGCUACACCGGCGAAGGGAGGAAAUGUGAAGACAUUGAUGAAUGUGACAACGACUUCAAUGGGGGCUGUGUCCACGAGUGUUUCAACAUUCCAGGGAAUUACCGCUGCACUUGCUACGACGGCUUCAUGCUGGCUCACGAUGGCCACAACUGCCUGGACACAGACGAGUGCAUGUUCAACAACGGCGGCUGCCAGCACGUUUGUGUCAACACCGUGGGGAGCUACGAGUGCCGCUGCAAGGAUGGCUUCUUCCUCAGCGACAACCAGCACACCUGCAUCCACCGCUCCGAAGAAGGCAUGAGCUGCAUGAACAAAGACCAUGGCUGUGCCCACAUCUGCAGAGAAACACCCAAAGGAGGAGUUGCCUGCGAAUGCCGACCAGGAUUUGAGCUGUCCAAGAACCAGAGGAGCUGCAUUUUGACGUGCAACCACGGGAACGGCGGCUGCCAGCACACGUGUGACGAUGCUGACAGCGGGCCUGUCUGUGGCUGUCACCCCAAGUACGUCAUGCACGUGGAUGGGAAAACCUGCCUGGAGAGGGAAGAAGCUGUUGAAGUUUCUGAGGGAAACACCACAGCAGCAGCUGAUGUGGACAAGAGAGUGAAGCGACGCUUGCUUAUGGAAACGUGCGCGGUGAACAACGGCGGCUGCGAUCGCACCUGCAAGGACACCUCCACCGGAGUGCACUGCAGCUGCCCCGUGGGAUUCACCCUCCAGUUCGAUGGCAAGACCUGCAAAGAUAUUGAUGAAUGCCAGUCCAAUAAUGGAGGCUGUGAUCAUUUCUGUAAAAACACUGUUGGCAGUUUUGAUUGCAGCUGUAGAAAAGGAUUUAAAUUAUUAACAGAUGAGAAGUCCUGUCAAGACAUUGACGAGUGCUCCUUCGAGCGGGCCUGCGACCACACGUGCAUCAACCACCCCGGCACCUUCGAGUGCUCCUGCAACAAGGGAUACGCCCUGUACGGCUUCACCCACUGUGCAGAUAUUAAUGAAUGUAGCAUCAACAAUGGUGGUUGCCAGCAGCUGUGUGUGAACACACUGGGAGAUUAUGAAUGCCUGUGUCAGUCUAACUACAAGCUACACUGGAAUAAAAAGGACUGUGUUGAGACAAAAGAUCCCUUGUCUGAUAAUGUGUCACCCAAGGUGUUGCUGCACUGCAUUAAGAGUGGUGGGAGUGAUAGAUGCUUUUUGAGCUGCUCUCCAGAUGUCCAGGUAUUCUCUGGAACACAAGAUGCCUACACCCUCACCUGUGGCAGGUCCUCUCAGCUUAAGAAAAAGCAGCAAAAUGCAAAUGCUUCCAGCUGGCUGGAUGCUUCAGCCAUCAAGAUAAGCGUAACCUUUAAAUUAAAUGAAGGAAAAUGUAGUUUGAAAAAGACUGAGAUGUUUCAAGAAGGUCUGGAGCAGAUGUUACCAGAGAGACAAAAUUCAGUAAUGGAGAGCUUCCACUAUGUAAACCUAACAUGCAGCUCUGGCAAGAAAGUUCACGGAGCCCUCAGUAGACUGGCAACGACUAGAGAGAUUUUUAUCACUGCGGACUUUGAACUGGAAACGAGCCGGAAGGAGGUGACAGACACUUGCGACGUGCGCUGUGCCCGCAAGAAGACGGAGAAGCGGUUCCGGAAAACCAUCCGCACCCUGCGGAAGACAGUCAGCAGGGACCAGUUCCGCAUCCGCCUCUCGGGCACGGACCACGAGGUGGCCAGGAAGGCCCUCAAGCCCUCAGAGCCACAGCAGUCCUGUGGGGUGGGACAGCUGCACCCGGGGGUCAGAUGUGAUCAGUGCUCCCCUGGGGAAUAUUCUCCUGAUGGCUUCAAGCCCUGCCUGCCAUGUCCCCUUGGAACGUACCAGCCUGAGGCUGGCAGAGUGUCCUGCUUUCCCUGUGGAGGAGCUCUCACCACCAGGCACAGCGGGGCUUCCUUGUUUCAGGACUGUGAGACCAAAGUUCAGUGUUCUCCUGGCCAUUUUUACAACACCACAACUCACCGAUGUAUUCGCUGUGCGAUUGGAACAUACCAGCCUGAGUUUGGACAAAAUUACUGCAUUUCCUGCCCUGGAAACACCACUACUGAUUUUGAUGGGUCAACAAACAUAACACAGUGCAAAAACAGGCAGUGUGGAGGGGAGCUGGGAGAUUACACUGGAUAUAUUGAAUCGCCCAACUACCCUGGGGACUACCCUGCAAACACUGAGUGCACUUGGAACAUCAACCCACCGCCCAAGCGCCGCAUCCUGAUCGUGGUCCCAGAAAUAUUCCUGCCCAUCGAAGACGAGUGUGGAGACUACCUGGUGAUGAGAAAAAGCUCCUCUUCCAACUCGGUGACCACGUACGAGACCUGCCAGACCUACGAGCGCCCCAUAGCUUUCACUUCCAGGUCCAAGAAACUGUGGAUCCAGUUCAAGUCCAAUGAAGGGAACAGUGCCAAAGGAUUCCAAGUUCCUUAUGUAACCUACGAUGAGGAUUACCAAGAGCUAAUAGAAGACAUUGUUCGGGAUGGCAGACUUUAUGCAUCUGAAAAUCAUCAAGAAAUACUUAAGGACAAGAAGCUGAUAAAAGCACUGUUUGACGUGUUGGCACACCCACAGAACUACUUCAAGUACACAGCCCAAGAGUCCAGAGAGAUGUUCCCAAGAUCCUUCAUUCGGCUGCUGCGCUCCAAAGUUUCCAGAUUUUUGAGGCCUUACAAAUAG